AUGAGAAAACGUUCGCUUUCUGUAGCUUUCGAGCGUAAUAAUCGUUCUGAAGAACUUUCAAGAAAAUUUGAAGGAGUAUCUUGGGAUGAUUUGGCGUUCAAUGGCCAUUCGUCAAGCGACGUGAAAGAUGUGACGAUGAUGCUAUUUAACAAAUCGCGCAAGUUUCGUACAUUCACUGAAAUAGUGGAAGAUUUUCCAGCAAUUAUAAAAAAAACUCUUGAAGCUGGUAAGCCUAAACACCCGUUAUCAGCAUAUAAUUUCUACGUAAAGAAGAAAUAUCCAGUUUUAAAAGAAAAGUUUCCUGAACUUUCAUCGGCACAAAUUUGGAGAAAUUUAAGUCUAGAAUUUAACGUACUUUCUGAAAAGAAAAAACAGAAAUACGAAUUAAUGGCAACUCGAGCUAAAGAAGAAUAUAAGGUGGAAUUGGACAAAUAUUACAAAGAAAAUCCCGAUGCACUUUUACUUGAGGAACAAACAAAGAAAAAAUCCAAAUCACGAAAGUCACAGAUGGAAUUAAAAAUUAUCACGCCAUUCAAUCUGUUUGCUAAUGAUAUGCGGAAAUCAGGCAAUGUUCCACAUGCAGUACUUCGGAAACAAUGGGAAAACCUUGAAUUGAAUAAAAAGCUUAAGUACAUUCAGCAAGCUUUUCAGGACGAUAGCAACAAACCAUCAAAAUUGACCAAAAACGAGCAAAGCUUACUACAACAGAUGAAUGGAAAACCUGAGCCUAUCCCUCAUUCAGUUUCGGAUAACUAUUUGAAGCAUUUUGCUGAAGUUUCAUCGGGCGUGACGCCCACCGCAUGGCGAAAGGCAAAAAUAGCUGAGUUCAAAAAUCUGCCUAAAGUACGCAAACUAGAAAUUGAAAUAGAUUUUCGCAACAGAAAACAAGAGUAUGUUUCGAAAUAUAAAGAUUAUAUCAUGAACCUUGAAGAUGAGAAGACUCGAAACGAUGAAAUUACUUUUCUUAAUACAUUCAUUAAUAACAAAAUGAGUAAGGAUGAGCGGCAACAGAUCGACAAUCGUCCAAUGCAUUCGUUAAUUGAGGCACUUAACAACGAUAGUAUGACAGAGUUACCGAUAGCUGAAUCAACAACGACAGAACUGUCGAAGAAAUCAAAAAAGACUAAAUCCAUUUUAAAGAGUGCUCCGAUAGUAUCCUCACCAAAACGUAAAGCAAUUGAACCACCGGAAGCAUUAGUAACAAGUUCAAAGAAAAAGAAAUCGAAAAAGUCAUACGAGGCAUCGGACGCAGCGUCAAACAGUGAUUCAACCAUAAACGAAAAGGAUAGUAAGCCAGCGGUCCAGUCUCUGAUCAGUAACGGCUCAAUCGAAAAGAAAAAAUCACCAACCAAGCAUAAGGACAAAACGACCAAGAUGACUGAACCUGUACGCCCACCAAAAAAUGUACUAGAAUAUUACAAAAAAUUCCACUAUAUGGGAAAACUUGAAAAUGUUAAGGAAUCCUUCAAAAAACUUUCUGCUAUUCGGCGCGACGCAAUCAAAGCAGAAAUGCAGGACAAACAAAAGAAGUAUUUCAACGAGCUUCAGAAAUAUUUGAAGAUGCUACCAAAAGAUAAAAUUGAGAUAUUCGUCAAUAAGCUAAAAGACCAGGAUGAAGUGGUUAACGAUGAUAGCACGAGUGAAGAUGAAUCCAGUGACUCUGACGAUGAUGGUAAUUGCGCUACUAAGUUAGAACUAGAUAGUUCCAGCGACGACGACUAA